AUGCUGAAGGACCUCCUCAUCCACCAGGACGAGUGGAUCAAAGAAGAGACAGAAGAAAACCAUAUGCGAUCAUUAAAACAAGAGAAAUUUGACGUCUUCAAGCGCUUCAUGGAUGAUGCUUUUGCCCUCUUCAAGGAUGGCAGAAGGCAUCCCAGUUUGGAUAUGGUAGAUGACGAGAUGUGGAUGCUACAAUACCUCGGUGUCCUUACUGACAGUGAAAACCCCGAGGAAGACACAGAGGGUGACAGCAGCUCCACUGAUCUCUGAUUCAACUAUUUCCAAAGUGGGAUUCAUCCAUGGAGGGCUGUUUAAAUGGAAU